GAAGCACCAGGGCAGCCAGCGCGCAACGUUACCAUGAGCCUCCCCGCUCCGCCUGCAGAGACUCCACGCGCAGAGAGUGCCCACCUGACGAGAGCAGCGCGACACCCACAGCCGCACGAUGCCCGGGGGAAAGAGAGGGCUGGUGGCACCGCAAAACACUUUCCUGGAGAAUAUCGUCAGACGCUCGAGUGAGACAAGUUUCUUGCUGGGGAACGCUCAGAUUGUGGACUGGCCUGUAGUUUAUAGUAAUGACGGCUUCUGCAAGCUGUCUGGAUACCACAGAGCAGAGGUCAUGCAGAAAAGCAGCACAUGCAGUUUUAUGUAUGGGGAGCUGACAGACAAGAAGACCAUAGAAAAGGUGAGACAGGCCUUUGACAACUAUGAGUCCAACUGCUUUGAAGUGCUGCUGUACAGAAAGAACAGAACUCCGGUGUGGUUCUACAUGCAGAUUGCACCGAUCCGAAAUGAAAAUGACAAAGUGGUUUUGUUCCUGUGUACAUUUAAGGACAUCACUGUCUUUAAACAGCCUAUUGAAGAUGAAAGCACCAGGGGUUGGACCAAGUUUGCACGUUUGACUCGAGCGUUGACGACCAGCAAAAGCACCAUUCAGCAGCUCACGCCCAUGAGCAGAACUGACAUCACUUCACACAAACACUCCAGACUCGCAGAGGUGCUUCAACUCGGCUCUGACAUUCUUCCGCAGUAUAAGCAGGAAGCCCCUAAGACCCCGCCUCACAUCAUCUUACACUACUGCAUAUUUAAGACCACCUGGGACUGGGUCAUCCUCAUCCUGACCUUCUACACCGCCAUCAUGGUUCCUUACAAUGUUUCCUUCAAGACCAAACAGAAUAACGUCACGUGGCUGGUUCUGGACAGCGUUGUGGACGUCAUAUUCCUUGUGGACAUCGUGCUUAACUUCCACACCACGUUUGUCGGGCCAGGAGGGGAGGUGAUCUCGGAUCCGAAGCUGAUCAGAAUGAACUACCUGAAGACCUGGUUCGUAAUAGACCUGCUGUCCUGUCUGCCCUAUGACAUCAUCAACGCUUUCGAAAACGUGGAUGAGGGCAUCAGCAGCUUGUUCAGUUCUCUGAAGGUAGUUCGACUGCUUCGAUUGGGUCGUGUUGCACGUAAACUUGACCACUAUUUGGAGUACGGCGCAGCUGUGCUCAUGUUACUGGUCUGUGUGUUUGGAUUGGUGGCUCACUGGCUUGCCUGCAUAUGGUACAGCAUUGGAGAUUACGAGGUCAUUGAUGAACAAACCAACAGCGUCAAGACUGACAGCUGGCUCUACCAGUUAGCCACCAGCAUUGGAUCCCCGUACCGGUACAAUGCCAGUGGGACUGGCCAAUGGGAGGGCGGCCCUGGGAAAGACUCUCUGUAUAUAACAUCACUAUAUUUCACCAUGACCAGCCUGACCACCAUUGGCUUUGGAAACAUCGCGCCAACUACAGACGGAGAGAAGAUCUUCUCUGUGGCCAUGAUGAUGGUUGGAUCUCUCCUUUACGCGACUAUCUUCGGUAAUGUGACAACCAUUUUCCAGCAGAUGUAUGCAAACACCAACCGUUACCACGAAAUGCUGAAUAACGUGCGGGAUUUCCUCAAGCUCUACCAGGUGCCCAAAGGCCUCAGUGAGAGAGUGAUGGACUACAUCGUCUCCACAUGGUCCAUGUCCAAAGGCAUCGACACAGAGAAGGUGCUCUCCAUCUGCCCCAAGGACAUGCGGGCAGACAUCUGCGUGCACCUGAACACGAAGGUGUUCAACGAGCACCCAGCAUUCCGAUUGGCCAGUGACGGAUGUUUGCGCUCAUUGGCCGUGGAGUUCCAGAUGAUACACUCCGCCCCCGGUGACCUCAUCUUCCAUGCGGGUGAAAGCGUGGACCUGCUCUGCUUCGUGGUGUCAGGGUCACUGGAGGUCAUCCAGGAUGACGAGGUCAUCGCUAUACUGGGUAAAGGGGACGUGUUUGGUGAUGUGUUUUGGAAGGAGACAACUUUGGCCCACUCAUGCGCUAACGUUCGGGCGUUAACGUACUGUGAUCUUCACAUCAUAAAGAGAGAAGCCUUGCUGAAAGUGUUGGACUUCUACACAGCGUUUGCCAACUCUUUCUCCCGAAACCUCAUUCUCACCUGCAACCUACGCAAAAGGUUUAUAUUCCGGAAAAUCAGCGACGUGAAGAAGGAGGAAGAAGAGAGGCAGCGCUCAAAGAAUGAGGUUCCACUCACCAUUCCUGUGGACCACCCGGUCCGAAAACUUUUCCAGAAGUUUAAACAGCAGAAAGAGCUCCGUAACCAGGGCGCUUCGGCCCAGCUGGACUUGGAGAAAAAUCAGCAGCAUCUACAGCAGCCCACACGCAUGCCGAAACCUCACACCUCCCUCAUGCAGAACUCGCUGCACGCGGUUCAGAACGGGUUCACCAGCAGCGUGGUCACCAUCUCCCAGAUCACACCCAUCCAGAACUGCCUGGCCUACCCUAAAGCGGCCGACUCCAUUAAGCAGAACAACCGCGACAUCAUGGAACUCAAACCUGCUGUGGCCAGCGGUGACCAAGUCGCAAAUCGACUCAAAGUGAAUAACACCGCACGGACCAAACCCGCAGGAACCGCCCGUGGCUGGAUGAGACUGAAAAACAACAUGGCUGCCCCAGGUUCACCUCCAGCGGAUGAGAGGAAAGAGGGAUUGAACAAUGCAGCUAAGUCCAUGUCCAUGGAGCGCAUUUCACCAGAAGUCAAAGUUCAGAUAGAAAGUGUUGAGGAGGUUGGAGCAUCCAGGAAGAAUUCACUCCGCAAAACGUACUCUUGGGAUAGUGGCUUGACAUACAGCGACCAGAGACUGGAUAGGGUUUCAGAACCCCAGAGCCCUGUUCCUGGAGUCGGUGGAGGAGAAGGAUCAGCCCGGGAUUUUUACCCCAGUAGCGAGAGCUCAUUCCAGGCCACGCUGCAGGAGGCAAGGCUGGAGCUGCGGAAAGACAUCCAAGCCCUGAAUGGAAGGAUGGCAGCUUUAGAAGAACGGGUCGGACAAAUUCUCAGGCUGCUUUUAGAGACUUCAAAGCCCACGUCUAGUGAAGAUCCAACCUCAAAAAUGCACCGACCCAAACUCAAAGCACAGAGCAGCAUCCCAGUGUCCACACUCAGUACGCCAGACUCUGAAAAGGACGAGGGUUUGCCAUAGGAAAACAGACUUUGCAUUCAGUAAGUAUUUGAGAUGAAGCAUUUGUAGCAUCACUGGGGUUUUGGUGCAUCCAAAUUUGGCACCUGUACCUGCAGCUUAUACAGGAACGCCCAAAAUAGGAGCUUGGGUUGGUUUCUAGCUUCGGAUUUCUGAGGAUAAAGCUGACACCUGAAUAUCUGUAUGGGAACAGGAGUUGGUUUCUGGAUCUAAAUAACUGCCAGGAACUCUAACCCAAUCAGAGAACAGUGGCAUGUACUGAUAAAUACAAAAAUAAGAGGAUUUUUAGUUUAGUGCUUUAAUGUUCAAUCAGCCCUUUUUUUGCACACUGAAGUAAUGGAACUACC